AUGUCUGAGUGUCAUGACGAGGAUUCUGCCGUGAAAGACGACAUACAGACCGACAGUAAUGACGAUACAGUGGUGGAGAACAGUUGUUGUGAGGUGGCAGAAGAACCUAGUGCCAAUACAUCCAAAGAUGAUGAAACCAGUGCCAUAAAUAAAGAAACGUUGAGCAGCGAGGUGGAUGAGAAAGGAGAAUUGUAUGGUGCCAAAGCUACCUUAAGUUGGACGUUAGAAGGGUCGCAGUUCAAGGUGUCAUGGAGUCUACCGGAAGGUACAACGUCACCGGCGGACUAUGUCGCGUUAUGUUGCACAGGUGAGUGA